AUGGCGCCGGGAUCGGAGUCACAGGCGGCGGCGACGACGGCGGACCCGUCGUGCCCGCCGUUCCCUCUCCUAGAGGAGGAGGACGGAAGCCACAUCAACGAGCAGGAGCAGGAGGUCCCGCGCGGGGCCGAACUGGAGCUCCCGACGGUGGACCUGGAGGCGCCGGGGGAGGCGCUAGCGGCGGGGUGCCGUGGACUCGGCGUGUUCCGCCUCGCCAACCACGGCGUCCCCGCGGCGCUCUCCGCGAGCCUCUUCGCCACGGCGCGGGCCACGCUGGCCGAGGCGCCGUUCAGCGACAAGCGCGCGCAGCCGGGCUACUUCUGGGGCACGCCGGCGCUCUCGCUCCGCGUCCGGGACGUCAACUGGGUCGAGGGCUUCCACAUCGCCCUGGGGGACCAGCAGCCCGCACCCGCGACGCCGCUCGGCGACCUACUCGACCUCGCGGCGGAGUACGGCGCGCACAUGGCGCGGGUGGCGCGGACGCUCUUCGACGCGCUCGCCGCGCCGCUGGACCUCGACGCGGGCCAGGCGGCGACCUACCUCGCCGAGCGCGACGGGUUCCUGCGGGUGUACCGCUACCCGCGAUGCCCCGAGCCCGGGCGCCUCGGGAUGGAGGCCCACACGGACAGCUCCGUGCUCUCGGUCAUCAACCAGCACGCCGUCGGCGGCCUGCAGGUGCACCACGACGGCGCCUGGCGCGACGUCGCGCCGGGAGCCGGCGAGACGGGCACGCUGCUGGUCAAUCUGGGAGACAUGGCGCAGGCCAUCAGCGGCGACGCGUACUGCAGCGUGCGCCACCGGGUGGCGGCGAGCCAGGCGGCGGAGAGGCUCUCGCUCUGCUACUUCGCGUUCCCGCGGGACGACGCCGUCAUCAGCUGCGCUGGCGGCAGGUACAGGCCCUUCACCUACGCCGAGUUCCGGGAGCAGGUGCAAGCUGAUAUUAAGGCCACUGGAUCCAAGGUCCUGGAUGCUCGUGUCACCAACACCAGGGCGCCAGGUACUGAAAUUGCUACUGAACCUGAACCUGAACCUGAAGAAGCUGAUGGAGACCCUGAACCUACUGAAGACGCUGAAGAAGCUGAAAAGGGGGAUCCAGAAUCAUUUCAGGCGGGAAGGCGAACCAGAAGGCCCAGCUCUCGCGUCUACGGGCCGAACUGGGUGUGUGAUCCUGUAAUUUAUAAGCAAUGGGCUCCACCGCCGGAAGGAUGGGUGAAGGUUAAUGUUGAUACAGCAUUGUUCGCAGAAUCAAAGAAGAUGGAGGCAAACCUUCUCUUCCUUGACACGCCUGCUGGAGUCAUCGGCUUCUCCUACAAUCCUACACCAACACCACCUCGAAUCUCAAGAUAUCGGGCAAUGGGAGAGGACUGCUCAAGAUGCACUGCAGUUCUUGAUCAGCUGGACUGCACUAUUGGCACCGACAUUUGUACAUAG